AUGUCUGUUAGCGCAACAGAGGGUGACAUCCCAAGGUUCUUUGUGGGAUGUGAGGAAUCAGAUGAGGGUCUGGACCAAGAUAAAGCAGAAAAUGUACAUAAUAUCUAUGACAACAUUGAUGACGAGGAUGACGACGAGGAUGAAGAAUAUGAUUCUCCCCCAGAGAGACAGAUUGUGGUGGGAAUCUGCGCUAUGGCUAAAAAAUCCAAAUCUAAGCCCAUGAAAGAAAUCUUGGAACGUCUGUCGCUGUUCAAGUACAUCACUGUUGUUAUAUUUGAAGAAGACGUCAUUUUAAAACGAAUGUGUGGAAAACUGGCCACUGUGUGAUUGCCUCAUUUCCUUUCACUCCAAAGGUUUUCCAUUGGACAAAGCAGUUGACUAUGCAAAACUCAGGAAUCCAUUUGUUAUCAAUGACUUGAAUCUACAAUAUCAAAUUCAAGACCGGAGAGAGGUUUAUAGGAUCCUUAAAGAUGAGGGGAUCUUGCUACCUCGAUAUGCUGUCCUAAACCGUGAUCCAAACAAACCUGAUGAAUGUAAUUUAAUAGAGGGUGAAGAUCAUGUUGAGGUAAAUGGGGAAAUUUUCCAGAAACCCUUUGUGGAAAAGCCAGUGAGUGCUGAGGACCAUAAUGUUUACAUCUACUACCCAACAUCUGCUGGAGGUGGGAGCCAAAGACUGUUCCGAAAGAUUGGUAGCCGCAGCAGUGUGUAUUCACCUGAAAGCAGUGUCAGAAAGACUGGUUUCAUACAUUUAUGAAGAGUUUAUGCCUACUGAUGGCACUGAUGUAAAGGUUUACACUGUAGGACCAGAUUAUGCCCAUGCUGAAGCUCGGAAAUCUCCUGCACUCGACGGCAAGGUAGAGCGGGACAGUGAAGGAAAAGAAGUACGGUAUCCUGUCAUCCUAAACGCCAGAGAGAAACUAAUAGCUUGGAAAGUGUGCUAGCUUUCAAGCAAACGGUUUGUGGCUUUGAUCUGCUUCGUGCAAAUGGCCAGUCUUAUGUGUGUGAUGUUAAUGGAUUUAGCUUUGUGAAGAACUCCAUGAAGUAUUAUGAUGACUGUGCAAAGAUUCUUGGAAAUAUCAUUAUGCGUGAGCUAGCCCCUCAGUUCCACAUUCCCUGGUCAAUACCACUGGAAGCAGAAGAUAUACCUAUAGUUCCCACAACAUCUGGAACAAUGAUGGAGCUUCGAUGUGUUAUUGCAGUGAUAAGACAUGGUGAUCGGACACCAAAGCAAAAAAUGAAAAUGGAAGUAAGGCAUCAAAGGUUUUUUGAUCUGUUUGAAAAAUGUUACGGCUACAAGACUGGGAAAUUAAAGCUGAAGAAACCAAAGCAAUUGCAGGAAGUCCUGGAUAUUGCAAGGCAGCUUCUUGUUGAGCUUGGACAAAACAAUGAUUCCGAAAUUGAGGAAAGCAAAGCAAAGCUGGAACAGCUUAAAACAGUGUUAGAGAUGUAUGGACACUUUUCUGGAAUAAAUCGCAAAGUUCAGUUGACAUAUCUUCCCCAUGGUUGUCCUAAGACAUCUAGUGAAGAAGAAGACUGUCGAAGAGAUGAGCCAUCACUACUUCUAGUCCUUAAGUGGGGAGGUGAACUGACCCCUGCAGGGCGAGUUCAAGCUGAGGAACUCGGGAGGGCGUUUCGGUGCAUGUAUCCUGGAGGACAAGGAGACUAUGCUGGUUUCCCAGGAUGUGGUUUACUUAGAUUACACAGUACUUACCGACAUGACCUGAAGAUCUACGCCUCAGAUGAAGGGAGAGUCCAGAUGACUGCUGCAGCUUUUGCUAAAGGCUUGCUGGCUUUGGAAGGUGAGCUGACCCCAAUACUUGUGCAGAUGGUGAAAAGUGCCAAUAUGAAUGGUCUCUUGGAUAGUGACAGUGACUCAUUAAGUAGCUGUCAGCAUCGAGUGAAGGCACGACUUCAUGAAAUACUUCAGCGGGAUCGUGAUUUUAGUUCUGAGGACUAUGAAAAGCUGACACCUACUGGAAGCAUAUCGCAGAUUAAAUCCAUGCAGAUUAUAAAGAAUCCAGUUAAGACCUGUGACAAAGUGUAUUCAUUAAUUCAAAGCCUAACAUCCCAAAUUCGACUAAAAAUGGAAGAUCCAAAAUUUGCAGAUAUUGAGCUCUAUCACAGUGAGACCCUGGAAUUGAUGCUGCGCCGAUGGUCCAAACUGGAAAAAGAUUUCAAAACAAAAAAUGGAAGAUACGAUAUCAGCAAGAUUCCUGAUAUUUAUGAUUGUAUAAAGUACGACGUGCAACAUAAUGGGUCAUUAAAACUGGAGAACACAAUGGAAUUGUAUAGGGUAUCCAAGGCACUAGCUGAUAUUGUUAUUCCUCAGGAAUAUGGUAUAUCCAAAGCAGAAAAACUGGAGAUUGCUAAAGGUUACUGUACACCUCUUGUUCGAAAGAUUCGCUCUGAUCUACAAAGAACACAAGAUGAUGACACAGUAAAUAAGCUUCAUCCACUGUAUUCUCGUGGUGUGAUGUCUCCAGAGCGGCACGUGCGCACACACGUUUGUAUUUUACCAGCGAAAGUCAUGUUCAUUCACUACUGUCAAUUCUUCGUUUUGGAGCGCUCUGUGAUGAGACGAAGGAUGAGCAGUGGAAAAGGGCGAUGGACUACUUGAACUUUGUGAAUGAACUGAAUUACAUGACACAGAUAGUUAUUAUGCUGUAUGAGGACCCAAACAAGGAUCUAUCAUCAGAGGAGCGUUUCCAUGUAGAAUUGCACUUUAGUCCAGGUGCAAAAGGCUGCGAAGAGGAUAAGAAUUUGCCUUCAGGGUUUGGAUACAGGCCAGCAUCAAGAGAGAGUGAAAGCUCCAAGAAACACAUCCACGGCAAUGACAGUGAUGAAGAGUCUGGCAUGUGCAGAAGAGAUGAGCCUGACAGAUCCAUGGUGAUGUUUAAACCUAUGGUGUCUGAUCCUAUUUACAUACACAGGAAAUCACCUUUACCGCGUUCCAGAAAGAUAGGUUCAGUGGAGGAAGAGAGCCCCCUGAGUGUGUCUAGCCCAGAGUGUAUCGGUACCUGGAUGCAUUACACCAGUGCUGUGGGUUCUGGGCGUCGAAGACGCAGAUCAGGGGAUAAAAUCACUUCUUCCCCUGUGUCCCCUAAAUCAUUGGCUUUCACAUCCAGUAUAUUUGGCUCAUGGCAACAGGUGCUAUCAGAUAACAAUAGCCAUCUAAGAGCAGCCAGAAUAUUGGAGCAGAAGCACAGUGGCUUAGGGUCUCACUGCGCGGGUCUGUUUAGUACUACAGUGCUCGGGGCCUCUUCAAGUGCACCUAACCUUCUGGAUUAUGCUCGUGCUCAUCGUAAAAAGCUGACUACUUCUGGCUGCAUAGAUGG